AUAUUUUUUGUAUCAAUUCAAGGAUCUUUCUAUCUAACUAUUAAGAUAUGGGAUCAUACAAGAUUGAGUUAGCUCUUCUUUGCUUCAUUGCCUUAGCCUUCUUCUUCCAUGUAUCUCAUGCCCAAAACUCUGCAUCAGACUACCUAGCAGCUCACAAUGCAGCCCGUUCAGAGGUUGGCGUUGGAUCAAUGACAUGGAACGACACAGUAGCUGCCUAUGCUCAAAACUAUGCCAACCAAAGGUCCGGAGAUUGCCAAAACCUUGUCCAUUCCGGCGGUCCCUACGGCGAGAACCUUGCUUGGAGUUCCGGUGAUAUGUCAGCCACAGAUGCUGUCAAUAUGUGGGUAGCUGAGAAAGCUUACUAUGAUUACAAUUCCAAUUCUUGCGCCAGCGGCGAAGUAUGUGGACACUACACACAGGUUGUUUGGAGGAACUCUGUUAGGCUUGGUUGUGCUAGAAUUCAGUGCAGCAGUGGAGGGACCUUCAUUACCUGCAACUAUGAUCCUCCAGGCAACUAUGUAGGCGAACGUCCUUAUUGAGGACUUCAUGAAUUGAAUCACUUGUUGUUGUUUAAGGUUAAGAGUAAUAACUAUAUAUGUAUGAGUCCUUGCUUAUGUUGAUCAAUAAUAAUAAUAAUGAAGGACAGAAAUGAAUGAGGUAAA